GGGAGAAACGGGCACGUCAAAAAAGAAAGGAAAAUGUGGACGGAUAGGACGCAUUGAGGCUAGAGAAGGAAAGGCGAGCUACGCAUAACAUUCUCGUUGAGCUCGGUAGCUAGGCUUUUUUAAAGUUCCCAAACGAAUAUUUGACAGAUUAAGAGUCGUUUCGAGGUUAAGUCGUCGCCUUGUUGUGUGGUGGUUCGUUUUGAGGAAACAGCUCGGCUGGCCAGCUGAAUUAGCUAGCUAGCUCGCCAGAGAUGGGGACGAGAGCAAGUCGCCUACAGGAAGACCCGGUUCCCUCUGCUUUCGGAAAAGAUGGCACAAAGCGGGAUUCCUACCGGCGACCCCGCUGCACCAGACCCACUAGUCUCAUGGUCGAUUUCUCGGGCAGCUUCGAGGACACGGAGGCCAACCGGAGCCGAUCGGAGGAGGGCAGCGACUCGGACCUGGGGCAGCAUGGAGCCAGCGUCGACGGUAGCCCCGCCGACCACCACAGCAUCCCCUCUAGCAUAAGCCAGCCGUCACCUGCGGACGACAACAACAGCGAGGGGAAACCCGAGGAAGACGGUAAUAUAAGUCCAGAGCCUCCCGUCGUCGCGGAACCCCAGCACGGAGAAGAGACAGGCCGCACGCCCCAGCGCACUUUUUCCGAGCGGCUGCCCGGGAAUCGGCACUCUUCCGCCCGCAGCGCCGGCGCAAGAUCCGCCCGGGUCCGAGGCACACACCAGCGGCCGGUGUCGGAGGCUUGGAUCGGCCUUUACCGUGUUAACAACCGUCAUGGCAAUAUCCGCUGUCCUUUCUGCUCCAAGCCCUUUCCGGGGGGGCGCAUUGAGGAUCACCUGUUGAGCUGCCUCACGUCUCCACCCCUACCUUACAAUACGGACGUGCUCAGUAAAGACAGCGGAGAGUGUUCCAUCUGUUUGGAGGAUCUAUUGCAGGGAGAGACCAUCGCCAGGCUGGCUUGCCUCUGUGUCUACCAUAAGAGCUGCAUUGAUUCCUGGUCCAAGGUGAAACCCUGCUGCCCUGAACAUCCCUUUGAUUGACUCUGGGGUCACAGGUUUUCUGCACAGUGACCAGCCUGACUCAGGAGACUCCCAAUAAAAUCCCAAUUAAAAAAAAAAAGUGUAAUUAAACAAUUAAAGGCCCACCAUCUCUCUCAGAUACAAACCUAUAUUUUAGUGGGGAACACCCGAUCCUCAGAGGAAGCUCCAGCGCUCUCCGUUUGGAUCGGUCCAUUUGAACUUGGUCUAAGGCCAUUUCAAGCCAAAUUCCAACAGUUAAAAACAACCGCUCCGUCUAAUUUGUGGUCGAGACGAUUGAUGGAACAGAAGUGGAGGAGGUUCCUUUUUCUAUGUUACAGACUUGGCCCAAAUCCAUGGAACAUUUUUAAAAAAAAAAAUCAGAUAAACAUUUUCAUCCCAAAAUGAUGGAACUUUCCCCAGAGAGAACUUGAACUUGGGGAGAAACAAACAAACACACACACACACAAACAAAAAAAAAAGUUGUCUUAACUGUGACUCUGGAUCCUCUCCUGUGUAUUUUUUCUCCCUCUGAAGGGGACUGGUCAUUUUAUCAAGUAUUUUGCAUAAAGAGUAUUGUUCCACGUCAUCCAUUGGACGAAUGUUUUCUUUCCUCGGCUAACCCCAAAUGAACCAACCUCACACUGAAAGCGUGAACUGUUUCCACAUAAACAUUGCUUUAUUUUGAACCAGCUGGAGGUUGAGGGCUUGUUUUUGGUGAAUGGGGGCUGCCGUUCCUAGGUGUGUUUUUGGGUUUUUUUUUUUUGUUUUUUUUUUAAUUCUUCUUCUCUUUCUAUUACCUGUAAACAUUUCAGGGGAAGUUUGGGGGCUAAUUGUUUUUUUUUUUUUCCUGAGUAGGUCAGUUUUCUUGUAGGUGGUUAGUGGUUAGUUAGCUCUGAGUUUAAUGUGCUGCUAUUUGCUGAGUGUUUAGGAAGGUUGUAGGUAAUUCAUAGGGCCACAGUAGCGCUGGUGUUGGCACCAAUUUGAGCACUUUUGUCCUUCAAGGCUGAUUUUUUUUUUCUUCCCUCCCUGCUUAAGUUCUGGGUUAAUGGUGUGUGUGUGUGUGUGUGUGUGCGCACGUGCGUGUGUGUUGAGACGAUGACCAGGGACAGGAAAUGUCCUGAACAUGACUGAAACUGUGUGUGGAUUUGUGUGCGUUCACUGUAAAUCGCCCAGAAGUCUGCUUGGUCGAGCGGGUUACCCUUUUAAUUUUUAAUGCUUGUUUUAAACUAGAGUCACUCUGGCAAACAUCCUGCUACAUGUGGCAUUGGUAUGCAACAUGGCGGCUCAUGUGGUCCCGUUGUACUUUGAAUGCGGUUUGGGUUUUUUUUUUUGCCCCCCCGACCCCCUCCUCCCUCCUGAGUCCCAAACACUCUUCGGAGUGUAGUCUGGAUUUUUUUUUUGGACCAGACCCCAAGAGACAUUUUUCACCAUAUGGUUACAUUGAUGCCAGAUUGAGGAGGGAUAAAGGGACGGAUGGAUUGAGGGAUGCAUUUUUGGGGGCAUGUUUACACCACAUGGCCUCUCUUUCCAACACUGGAGGCUAUGGACAGCUGAUGGUUAAUUAUUGCAUAACUAGCCCCCAUCACCCCUUUCCCCAUUCUUUUUGUUUUUAGAUAUAUCAUCCUGUUAUGCUCAUGAUUAUUGCUAAAUGUGUAAUAUAGCUUUCCUUCGCCUUGUGUGUGUGUGUGUGUGUGUGUGUGUGUGUGUGUGUGUGUUGAUUGCCUUUGCCUGGUGAAGGGGUUCCUGUGCAAGCAGGCGUUUGUAGUGUUUUUUAGGGCUGAACUGAAGCGGAAGCACAACAGUGAGGCUGCUCAACAGAUGCUGUCUGGUGCAGAUUGUACACAGGCCAAGGGAAAAUGGCCGAGAACAAAAAAAAAAAAAAAAAAAAACAUGAAUUGAUUUGCUGCCUGCUCAAGGGGCGAGUCUGUUUCAUGUGUUUUAAUUACUGUGCUGACAAGCGGGUAUGGAUCAGUUUAGAGGUCAGCCCAGUGCACAGGUUUCCUAGUUUGUUCACGCGAGUCGUCCCCCCCCCACAGUCUGGGGUGUCGCAGCUUGUCCCACCACAAGAGGGCAGCCAUGUGCAUGUUUUGCUUCCUUUUUUUAUUGUGUAGGUGAACAGAAAAAUAAUGCCAAAAUUCUGUCUGCAUUGGGGGCAUUGUGUGAGAGAGUGCGGAAGACGAGCUGCAUUGAUCAUUAGAUGUUACAUUUGUUGUGGUGAUAAGUUAUGAUGUUGUAUACUUUGGCUGGGAGGGGUAUGAGUGUGUGUGGGUGUGUUUGGGGCAGGGUGGGGUUGGUAGUGGUGGUUGGGUUGUCGAUAAAGGUAAUGGACAAUCUAAAACCCCACGUGACUCCCAUUUAUUUUCUUCCCCCCCUCUAACCUGUGUGGUGCAAUACCUCAGAUUUUACCAAUGCUAACUAAACGCUCUGUGUGUAAACUCUCCAACCAACGGUGGUAUUUUGUAUAAGUGUCCCUAAAUCCUUGGUUUUGAAUCUCAGGGCACUGAUGCCCCCCCCCCCCCCCCCCGUGUGCCCUGUGCUUUGAGGCCGAUGUAAUAGGUGAGAAUGUUUUUCAAAGAGUCACCACAGCGGUAUCUGCAUCCCCAAGAUAUGGACAAUCUGCCUUUUCUCUGGUAUAAAAACAAAUUGAAUUUUAUUUAUUAAAUUGUAAAUAUGUAAUGCAAUUCAAGAAAAAUGGCUUGGUCUUUGUCUGUUCAAUAUACUGUUUCUAAGCUCCAAUCUUUUGUAUGUCUCAGAAAUUGUUUUUAUAUGUAUUUUUUACAAUAAAUAUGUGUGACAGA